CACGAACAAAAAAAUUCCUAAACAUUAUAUCUAUUACCAUUCUAAUUAGACUACUAAUUAAAUUACCCAUUAGAAAAAAUAAGACAAAAAAAUAAAAACAAAGAAAAAAAAGGAGAAUGAACCCUCACCUGCCUCUAAGAGGCAAGAGUAAGGCAGAAGAAGAACUCACGGUUCAACUAACACUCACAACAACAGAAAGGAGGAUCGUAGUGGAACAAAAUCAUGGCAGACAAGACGGAUAUAAUUUCAUCAUCUUCCGAUAAAGCUUCUCCACCACCACCAUCUGCUUUCAGAAACUACUUAUCCUCAGGAAGUAAGGAACCAGUGCUUCUCUUGGAAUCAGCUGGUAAGGAAUCUUGUUGCAUCUUUAGAGUCCCUGAGAGCUUCGUAGCAUUGAAUCCCAAAGCCUAUAAGCCCAAAGUUGUUUCCAUUGGUCCUUACCAUUACGGUGAAAAGCACCUCCAAAUGAUUCAACAGCACAAGCCUCGGCUUCUACAGCUUUUCCUAGACGAGGCAAAAAAGAAGGACGUGGAGGAAAAUGUCUUGGUUAAGGCUGUAGUUGAUUUGGAAGAUAAGAUAAGGAAAUCUUAUUCUGAGGAACUUAAGACAGGACAUGACUUAAUGUUUAUGAUGGUUUUGGAUGGGUGCUUCAUCCUCAUGGUUUUUCUGAUCAUGUCGGGAAACAUAGAAUUGAGUGAGGAUCCAAUCUUUUCGAUCCCCUGGCUUCUCUCGUCUAUUCAGAGUGAUCUUCUACUGUUGGAAAAUCAGGUCCCUUUUUUUGUUCUUCAAACUUUGUAUGUUGGAUCCAAGAUUGGUGUCUCUAGUGAUCUAAACAGGAUAGCGUUUCACUUCUUUAAAAAUCCAAUAGAUAAAGAAGGCAGUUAUUGGGAGAAACACAGAAACUACAAGGCAAAACAUCUUCUUGACCUCAUCCGUGAGACCUUCUUACCUAACACGAGUGAAUCUGACAAAGCAUCAUCCCCACAUGUUCAAGUUCAACUCCAUGAGGGUAAAUCUGGAAACGUACCAUCCGUAGAUUCUAAAGCGGUGCCGUUGAUAUUGUCGGCCAAAAGACUUCGCCUCCAAGGGAUAAAGUUCAGGCUAAGAAGGAGUAAAGAAGAUUCCAUAUUAAAUGUAAGAUUAAAGAAGAACAAGCUUCAGAUACCACAGUUAAGAUUUGAUGGGUUCAUCAGCUCAUUCUUCCUCAACUGUGUUGCCUUUGAACAGUUUUACACUGACAGUUCCAACGAAAUAACAACCUACAUAGUCUUCAUGGGAUGCCUUCUAAAUAACGAGGAAGAUGUAACUUUCUUGAGAAACGACAAGCUCAUCAUAGAGAAUCAUUUUGGUAGCAAUAAUGAGGUCUCAGAGUUCUUCAAAACUAUCAGUAAAGAUGUUGUGUUUGAAGUAGAUACAAGUUACCUAAACAAUGUGUUUAAGGGCGUGAACGAGUACACCAAAAAAUGGUACAAUGGAUUAUGGGCUGGCUUUAGGCACACACACUUUGAAUCACCAUGGACUUUUCUGUCAUCGUGUGCUGUUCUUUUCGUUAUUCUUCUUACCAUGCUACAGUCAACUGUUGCCAUUCUUUCCUACCUGAACGACAAGAAAGGUAAUGGAAACGCAGCUCCUCCUCCAUUGGGUCUUCCUUAGGGAAAAUCAAAAGAUGUGAGCAGUCUUCUCUUCUACACACCUCAUUGUUUCUGCAUCUAUAUGUUUUACCAUCAGCUUGAGGUUCACUUCUUGUAUUAUGUUGUCUAUUGACUUUUAGUUUAUCUUGUGUUAUUGCUACCUAUAUGGUUUUAUGAAUUUUUCAUAUAUUUGCAUGUUAUCGUUACUUUGCAGAAAUUAUCUUGUUGAUAUCUUUU